GGCGGGGAGGGGGCGGAGCUCGCCGCCGCCGCCGCUGCGCUGGCCCGGGCGCUCUCGCGGUGUUUGGGCGCGCCCUCGCCGGCGCGGCCGUUAGCGCGGGGCGGGCGGGCGGCGCCAUGGGGCUACAGGGCGUCAAGGCCGUCUUCUUCGACCUGGACAACACGCUGGUCGACACGGCGGCGGCGGGCCGGCGCGCCAUCGAGGAGGUUGUUAAUGCCCUGCGGUCAAAGCAUCGCUGUGGCGAGGAAGAAGCCCGUGUCAUUUGCGAUAAGGUGCGGGCGAAACUUCUCAAGGAGUGUCACGAUCCCGCUAAAAUGUGCAUCACUGACCUGAGGAUCUCGCACUGGGAGGAAGCUAUACAGGAAACGAUGGGGGGGCAGGCGAACCGCAGUCUGGCCGCCGAAUGCUAUUUCCUGUGGAAGACGACCCGCCUGCAGCAUCUCACCUUGGCGGAGGACACGCGAGGCAUGCUCACGGAGCUGCGGAAAGUGGUCCGCUUGCUGCUCUUGACUAACGGAGACAAGCAAACCCAGAGGGAGAAGAUCGAAGCGUGUGCCUGCCAGCCAUACUUUGAUGCUAUUGUUGUGGGAGGAGAACAGAAAGAGGAGAAACCGGCACCAUCUAUAUUUCAUUACUGUUGCAAUCUUCUGGGGGUGCAGCCUGCAGAGUGUAUUAUGGUUGGCGACUCUCUAGACACAGAUAUUCAAGGAGGCCUGAAUGCAGGCUUGAAAGCAACUGUCUGGUUAAACAAAAAAAUGACGACCCCCUUAGAUACCUCCCCAGUACCUCAUUAUGUUAUAUCUUCUGUUCUCGAUCUUCCAGCGCUUUUACAGAAGAUGGACCACAAAAUUAAUACUAACUUAGAAACCGACCAUAUGGUUAGCAGUAAUGAGGUACAUUGACAGUUCCAGCAUACAAUCUGAGAAAUGCAAAGCUGCUAGGUGACUCACACUCUUGUUAAAAAUCUGACCCUAGGAUUUUAAACUCAUGUACGGUAUGCUUUCUCAAACAGCGGAUGGAUGAAUAAGAGCACAAUUGUCAAUGAAGCUGGAUAGAAACAAAGAAUGAGAUUAAUUUAAAUGAUGCAAGUGCAGUUAAUUUAAAAUAGCUCUGUGUCUGGAAAUUAUUUUGACAGACUGUGUCUAAAGCAUAUCUGUCUCUGACCUGAGUUGCCACUCUCUUCUUUUUAUACUGGAAAAGCAAAGUUGAAUGUUGUGAUCUUUUAUGUGCUUUAACUUGUAAGUUUAGCUGAAAACUCAGUUCAAAGCUUGUUUGCAGUGUAUAAAACAGCAGAAAGUGAGAGAGUGUGGUACAAAAUCUAGUAAAUCUUCACAAUUGAAUCUGCAGUUUAUCUCAAGAAUUGAAGAAUUUUGCUAUUUACAAAAAGUAUCAGAAUUUAUUGUGUAUCAGACCAUUAGAAAAUGCUUACUUUUGAUCUUUUUUCAAGUUUAAAUUCAUAUUUAGAACUUUGACUUUGCAGUGGCUUUUCUUUUAUUGAGUUGGUACCUCUUGUCAAAAAUACUUAAAUGUACAUAAAAAUUUGCAUCUGUAUAGGGGACCAUUUAUCAGAGGAACUUGAUGGAUAAGGUUUUGUUCUGUAUUGUCUUGGUGCUUAUGCAGAUAUGCAGUAUACUUGUUAUUCAGAUUAUGAUUUUUGUUGCAAUUGGUAUGCCAGGGGUAUUUUCAGUGAUCUUACUGUACUGUCAGACUCUUAAAAAGGUAAAACAUUUUGUUCGGA